AUGAAUCUGUGCGGUGGUGUGCAUAUGGUUGACUUUCUGACCCGGGACCCCGAUCUCUAUACAACACUCUUGCCAAAUGACUGGACAUCUUUCUUUGAACACCAUGAUGUUCAAGAUAUCAUUCAUCUACUCCUGCGGGAGGACAUUGAGCAGUUACGAAGCGGUGGCGAGCCUUCCAAAGAUCAAAGCAGCCGUACUUGGAAAGGAGGAGCCUUCCCUCCCUUGAGUCUCUUGGAGUACAUUGCCAACAUCCGUGAACUUACACUCCAACGAGAGAUGUGCAUCUCAAGUUCGGAGAGGGUCGAAUUACCAAAGCAAGUUGCCAUGCAUAUGAAGCGGAAAAAAGUGCACGAGGUUCAAUGCUUUUCUGAACAUGUCGCAUCUCUAUCAGAUACUGUCCAUAAGUGCCGAGGUGAGCCAGUCACUCACAUUGUGGAUUUUGGGUCUGGACAAAACUAUCUUGGACGGACGCUGGCCAGCUCGCCCUACUACAAGCAUAUCAUCGCAAUUGAGCGCAAGCAUCAGUACAUCAGCGGUGCCAAAAGCAUGGAUGUUCGAGCCAAGUUGGCAAAGAACCCGAAUGCUCAACAUUCUACUAAGGAGAAAAGUUCAAGCGAUGGCUUCGACCAAACCCCGGAACUGACCUUUUCUGAAACGACGGAUACCCCCCUACCUACAAUAGACGGCUCGCAGGUCUCAGAUGUCCCUUUUGUCGAGAUGCUGGGCGAGAUUAGCCUUCACCCCGACGAGCUACUUGGAUCUACCACUAAAAGGCCAUUGCCAGAAAAGUCGCCGAAGCCUGAGAUCCAUACCCGUGGUACUCUUAGCUAUAUUGAGCAUGAAAUCCAAGAUGGGUACUUGGAGCCCAUUAUCGACCACAUUAUCCGUCCAUCCCCGGCUGGAGCUUCUGAUGGGAAAGAAAAAGGAGAGCGCGAUGCUAGAUUAAUGGUCGUUUCCCUUCACUCUUGCGGAAACCUAGUUCACCAUGGUCUACGAUCCCUGAUUCUAAAUCCUUCGAUUGUGGCUGUCGCUAUGAUCGGCUGUUGCUACAAUCUGUUGACGGAACGACUGGGUCCAACCAGAAAUGACCUCCCUAUCAUUCAAUCCCUCCACCCUCGACUCAAAGAGACUGGGACAUCAUACGAUCCGCAUGGGUUUCCUAUGUCAAAAUACUACGAGGAUUACCGAAGUCCUGGCGCGACGACAGGCGUGAAGCUUAACAUCACAGCUCGUGCACUGGCCGUGCAAGCUCCAUACAAUUGGGGCUCCAAGGACAGUGAAGUAUCAUUUACCCGUCACUUCUUCCGUGCUCUUCUCCAGCGUAUUCUCAUUGAUCGAAAAAUUCUUCCUAAGCCAUCUGUGCCGGAAGACACCUCCCUUGACGAAACUUACCCAGAAGCUGGAGCAAACUCAAUUAUCAUCGGAGCGCUGCCUAAAGCUGCUUUCAAGUCCUUUACUGCAUAUGUUCGUGCUGCGACCAUCAAGAUGAGUCGAGACCCGACAUAUGGUUUCCAGGUGCAAGAGCAUAUUGCCACCCUGACUGACGAGGAGAUUCACUGCUACGAAGUUCAGUACUUCCACACAAGGAAAUAUAUGAGUGUUGUGUGGAGCUUAAUGGCGUUUAGUGCUCAGCUCGUCGAGGCUAUCAUUGUUGUGGAUCGGUGGCAAUUCCUUCGUGAACAGGACUUGGUCAAAGACUGCUGGGUUCAGUCGGUGUUUGACUACAGUGAAAGUCCGCGUAAUUUGGCGGUCAUUGGACUUAGAAAAUGA